CGCAGAUGAUGUGUGUAUGUGAUAAACCCUGUUGCAGCAUUAAAUUGACAAAUUGACACAUCUCACAAGCUGUUCAAUAAAGAAAAAGGACGUUAAUAAUUAAUGACGAUUGUAUCUCGCCUAAUAAGGUUCUCAUUAUUAGCGUCUCACCCGCUAAAAUCGUGGUGCCCGUGUUGAAGAAAAUCGCUCUAGUCGAAAGCAAAGAUUAAAAGAUGAAUUUCUGAUCCUGUUUAGCUACGUUUCAAUAUACCUUUGCACUGUUCAUCGGCUAUUUCAAUGCGAUCUGUUGCAAUAAUGAAAGCGAUUGAAGCUAAACUGAAAAUGGCAUACAUGUGGUCCAGUCUGUGGUCUGUUGCUUUGUUGGCCGAUGACAUGGAGUCCUGUGAGGAUACAGGGGUGCUGAAUGCCGGAGGCCCGCUGGGAGAAGAGAAUUAUUUCCUGGGCUACACCUUCACGGAUCGCUCGCACUCCAGCCGCGUGGUGAAAAGCAUCAUGGACCUGUGCCUGGAGGACGGGCUCUUCGCGGACGUCACCGUCGUGGUGGACGGCAAGGAGUUCCAGCUGCACCGCCUGGUCCUGUCGGCCCAGAGCUGCUUCUUCAGGUCCAUGUUCACCUCCAACCUGAAGGAGGCGCACAACCGCAGCAUCGAGCUGAAGGACGUCAGCGCCCCCGUCUUCCAGCUGCUGGUGGACUACAUCUACCACGGCACCAUCAAGCUGAGGGUGGAGGACCUGCAGGACACGUACGAGAUGGCGGACAUGUACCAGCUGACCGCGCUGUUUGAGGAGUGCUCGCGGUUCCUGUCCCGCACGGUGGACGUCAAGAACUGCCUGCAGGUGAUGUGGCUGGCCGACCAGCACAGUGACCAAGAGCUGUACACCGCUGCCAAGCACUGCGCCAAGAUCCACCUGGUGCAGCUCCACCAGACAGAGGAGUUCCUCAGCCUGCCGCUUCGCCUUCUCAUGGACAUCAUUAAAGAUGGAGUUCCAAGCUCCCAGAACCCGACAGCCGCAAUCGAUUCGUGGAUAAACCACAACAAGGAAGAGAGGCAGGAGCACUCGGAUGUCCUCCAGGACAGUCUUAAGGAGAUCGGCGAGAACGUGCACAUCUACCUGAUCGGGAAGGAGGACACCCGCACCCACUCCCUGGCCGUGUCCCUGCACUGCGACGAGGACGACGCCAUCAGCGUCAGCGGGCAGAACAGCCUGUGCCACCAGAUCACGGCGGCCUGCAAGCACGGCGGCGACCUCUACGUGGUGGGCGGGUCCAUCCCCCGGCGCAUGUGGAAGUGCAACAUGCACACCAUGGACUGGGAGCGCUGCGCCCCGCUGCCCCGCGACCGGCUGCAGCACACGCUGGUGUCCGUGCCGGGCGAGGACGCCAUCUACUCCCUGGGCGGGAAGACGCUGCAGGACACCCUGUCCAACGCGGUCAUCUACUACACCGUGCGGGACAACAUGUGGACCGAGACCAACCCGCUGGACACCGCCGUGUCCGGGGCGGCCGGGGUCAACCUGGGGGGCACCAUCUACCUGCUGGGCGGCGAGGAGAACGACAUGGACUUCUUCACCAAGCCCUCGCGGCUCAUCCAGUGCUUCGACACGGCCGCCCAGAAGUGCCACACCAAGCCCUACCUGCUGCCCUUCGCCGGCUGCAUGCACGCCACGGCCCACAAGGACCUGAUCUUCGUCGUGGCCGAGGGCGACUCGCUGGUGUGCUACAACCCCCUGCUGGACAGCUUCACCCGCCUGCGCUUCCCGGAGGUGUGGAGCUGCGUGCCCUCGCUCUGGAAGGUGGCCAGCUGCAACGGCUGCAUCUACGUCUUCCGGGACAAGUGCAAGAAGGGCGACGCCAACACGCUCAAGUUCAACCCCGCCACCUCGGUGGUGUCCGUCAUCAAGGGCAUCAAGAUCCUCCUGACGAACUGGCAGUUCGUUCUGGCCUGAUCACAACCCCCCUGCCCCCCCGUUCCUCCACCCCGUCCCCCGACCCUCUCCGCUCCUCCCGGGAGAGGGGGCGCUGCGAGCCCUUCACUCUGCGAGCUCUUCGUCCCGCUGCCAAGGGAGAAGGGGGAAAAAAAAAAACCCCAUCCGGCGGACCGGGAUAACCAGAGGGCUCGGAUGUUUGGAGGAGCGCGGAUCCGCCCCCGAGAGUCCCAGCUUUGUGAUUCCGACGCCACGCGCAGCAGGGCGAUUCCCACGCCGAGCUGCGGAUGCUGAAACCCCACACUAAGAGCCUCGGCAGCUCUCGAAGACGAAAAAUACGAUUUCCCGCCGGCAGACGCUGACCCGUCUUGCUCCUGUGGUCUGUGACCUGUCCGUUACCCAUGAAUUUUCUCGGGUUUGUUCGCCUGCUGCAGACUCUGUUUGAUGAUUCUCCUGUACGAUAGCUUGGUUUGAUAUGUUUUGCCUUUUCCUGCAUUUUCAGAGGGGUCUUUCGGCGUGUGGAAUACCCUAAUGCCACCUUAACGCCGCCAUCACCUUGCACUGAACCGACAGUCGAGUAUUUCUCAGCUUCAUUCCAUGCAGACAUGGAGUGACUGACCUUCCUCGUUUUCUCCCAUUAAUAAUUCAUGCGCAGCGCCAACUGCUGUUCCCAUCAAGGUGAAACAAACAGCUCAUCAAGGGCAGACAGCCUUUUGGAGCGAUUUACUGGUGAAAGACCGGUGAAAGUGGAUUGUGUUUUUGGACAAACUAAUUUUAUUGUUUGACCAUCGUGCCACUGUAGACAGUGAAAAGGUGUGGCUGGUGGGGUUGAUACUCUUGUGGUGUUAAUAGCAUUUUUUGCUGUCCUGAAUAAUGAAGGCAAACCGAUUCCACGUGCCAUUUCAUGCGCCAGUCCAAAAAACAAGAAAUCAAGGCUAAAGCUCCAGGCCUCGCAGCCUGCCUCUGUCGAAGGAUGGGAGGUCCUCCAUGUGGCAGGGUCAAGCAGAACCAUGGCGAGGAGCUGGCUGGCGACCAUCGCUGCAGAUAGGAGGACCGUUUCUGGCGAGAUUGUCUCAUUUUCUGCUUCGCCUCUCUCGCGCCCUCUUGGCAGUGGCAGGAGGAGCCUGUGGAAAGGAGGAGCGCUCUGGACACACAGAAGGCGAUGUUCUUUCAGUUUAAUAGCUUCUGUGAAGCUAGAUGCCACCAUCCACCCACGCGGACCGAGGAGACUUUUGUGUUUUUCCAAGAACGGCGGGAUCUGGUGUUGUGCACGAUACACGGAGCUGAAUCCGAAGUGCAGCUUGCCCCGCUUUCCUACCAUCGCUGGAUCAAUCGCCUGUAGAGCUCGGUUGUAAAGAAACCAAGCCCGAUCGACCAACAGAACCGAGGUUUUCUGUGCAGAUGUAUAUGAGGAAGAUAUUUCCCUGUAUGUAAAUGUUUUUCUAAAGUAGCUUUGCAACAAGUAUCUAUUAAAAAAAAAACGCCGUAUGUGACUUACUAUUAAGUUUAACACUACUCGUGGUUUGAAAUAUCAGUUAGUUUUCCUGCUCUUCGUUACAAUUUGAACCACACCUUGAAUAUCCGAUGUAGUAAAGGGUUCCUUUAAUGCAGACUUUCGGAGAUUCAGAUGUUGAGGAUAUGUGAAGCAAUGUACUUUUCAGAGGAGAAGCAUGGACGCAUUUAACAAACACUGAAACAACUUGUAAAAAUAAGUUUUAUUAGAUUUAUAAGAGAUGUAUAAUAUACAGGUUAAAAAACAAGGUUACAGCUGUUCAUGACUCAGUGUUAUUUUGAGAAUGUGUUAACAAGCAUGUUAAAUACAUUUAAGCUUUUUACAGCUUUUUGGUGAUAUUGCUUGUUCAUGUUUAAUUUGAAACGUUGAUAGUCAGAUAGGACUGAAACAAGCUAAAUAGUAAUAAGUGAGGGAGUGGGAGUGAGCUGUUGUUUUCACAUAGGUGAAAGCUGACCACUGUUUCAUAAAGCAAUGAAUCAAUCAAUCAAUGAAGGAGCUGCUGGAAUUGGCAUCAGGAAAGGCUAUUUUCCAGUUGUGAAAGUCCCAUAAACAGACCACGACAGCAGUGUCAGAGAAAUAGCCCCUGAGGUGAGAAAGCAUAUGCUUGGAAAACUAGAAUCACUUGCUUAGCCAUGGGGAAAAAACAAUCUGUGUGACAUUAUCCCCCAGGAACGGAGACUAGAGAACCGUGUCUGGUCCUACAGGAUUACUGCACAUAUUUCGCAACUUUAUUCCUGCUUAAAUUAGGAUUCAGUACUGGCACAGGUUCUCUUUUCCAAGACUGUUCUCAACUGCUUCAUGCAUGUUCAGCUCAAUCCAUUGACUGUGGCAGUCGGAUGUCAGCAGUCGGUAGGCAAUGUGAGAGUUCCGUCAUCUGGCAGAGGCCUAACUGACAAAUUCCCAUGAAUAAAAUGUCCUAAUGUUAAGAUCAGAUCUGCAUGUUUUGAUUCCAGGAAACUGCAUUUCCCAGCCUGUAUGCUGCGGUCUGCCCUCAGGCAUUAGCAGGAAAAGUCACAUAUGAGGAAAAGUAAAAACUGAAUAAAGGAAAUAUUGUGUACACACGUAUUAGUUUUGUGGAGUCACCCAAGUGUCAUGUUGCACAUGAGACAGGGGCCAA